AGAUUUUAUAGAUAUUAACAAUAUUUUAUUCGUCUUUAACACACGUUUUUUAUUAUUAUAAUAUACAAAAUUUCGAAAUUUAUCAAAUCUAAGUAUAGAUUCGUUAUAUUCAAACUCAAUAUCGAACACUACAUAGAUCUCGAGAGAUUCAGAAGUACCAAUUUGAAAAAGUAUAGGUAAUGGCAAAUAAACUGCAAAAGAUGGCGCGAUUGUAUGAAUUUUCAAAUGCACAUUCUUAAAUUUUUAAUAUAAGAAAGUAUUAAGUAUUUUAGAUUUGAUAUUGAAUUUAAUUUGAAUAACAAUGUAUAUAUUACUUUUUUUACAAGAAGAUUAUAGAUUAAAAAAAAGAAUGAAUGUAUUUCAAAUGAUUUAAAAAUCGAUUAUAUUGUUAUAAACUGAUUCUCGAUGUAAUCAAUAAUUGAUUAAUUUUUACAUAUAUAGUUUGUCAAUUUUAGUAUAUUAUUCAUGGAAAAGGAACUACUUCUCUCUACUCCAAGAAUAUCGUGCAUCAAAAGCACACGCACGAUAGCGUGCAAGAGAGCGAGGCAAGGAAUACAGCCAGCUGUUUGUUUUGUUUUCGGGCAUGAGAUUCACGUGACACCACCGGUGCUGGUGGCGGCUCAUACGGCAGCGCCGUGUUAUCAACGUUUAUUGGCCGAGGCAGUGCACUCGCGCACCGCUUAGCCAAUCAGGAAUAUCGUAAGAAACGACGCCUGGUGCUUCUACGGUGCAGAGACGUUUGACAUCGAUAAAUGCGUGAGAGUGCUCGCGAAGUGCGGAUCAGGCUGUCGCUCGCUCGUCGGCUUGUUGUAGUCGUCGUCGUCGUCGGGGGCUCGUGGGCUCGUCGUCGUCGGUCAGUUCGAGCCUCCUUUUCUUUGUCCUGACUAGACCCCCACUUUGUACCCGCGAAAACCUGUGCAGUAGUAGUGUUAGGCAGUGUCGAUUCACAGUGACCGUCUUUCUUUACGACGUCGCUCAGCUGCACCUACUUUCGUGUGUGAGCGAACGUAUCCGGCGUGCCAAAUGUCACUAGGUGGACGAUAGGGUCGAAAUAUACUCGAUCCUCGACGUCAUACAUACACAUGCGUUUAGUGUGCAUGUAUACAGCGAAGAGUUGCUCGCGUCUGCGAUAAAUUACCAGCGACACGCGUAAUCUCGACCCUUUCGACUCGCCUAGUGACUGUACUAUAGUGUUCUUUCCAAUUGUACCGUUCGCGCUUACUUGCUCUCUUGCGCGCGCUGUUUUCUGUCUUUGUCGUGUAUGUAUUCGUGAAAUACGCUUUCGGUUCGCUCGCACGCGACUCCGUGUAUGGAAGUGUGGAGCAGCGUGAAUGUUGUGAAACGAAGGUGAAGAAAGAAGAGAACCGACGAAGAUAGAAAGAGAAAGAAAAGAAAAGAACAAUAACGUUACAGGAAUAAAGUGAAACAAUAUUGAGCGGGAAAAGCAAACAUAUAAAAAAGGAAAAAAGCAAACUGGCGUGUGAGUAGAAGGGCAAGUGGAACUUGGAGUAAGAUAAAGACAGACGCGAACGAGGUAGAUCGAAAAUCGUUGAACGGUGAAACACGGCUACGAAAGAAAAUUAAUACUACGAAACAGUUGACGGGAUAUAUCUAGUAGAAAAAAAAAGACGGUUCUUGAUGCGUAACGCGGUUGGAAAGGUCUGGCCAUCGAUUUGCCGUCCGUGAAUCUAGUGCGCGUUUGAAAUCGGGCUAGUCUCGCGCGCGCGUGUGUGUUACGUGCACCUAAGCGAACGCAGCCAGCGAGGCGCGCGGACGGACGAGAAAAGGAGGAAGAGGUGGCGGUGGUGGAAGAGGGGGCGGAGAAGGAGAGGCGGUUGAACAGGCGGGCGGAGAGAAAAGUUCGAGAAGCGGCAACACCAGUGCCAGCCAACAUCAACAACAUCAACAACAACAACAAUACAGAUCGCCGCGGUGUAUACAGGGCUGCUGCUCGUGGUGUGCGUUCUGAACGUUUAUCGCGUUGUGUGUCGCCGCGCGCGGCGGUGAUCAUCGGUGUGUGUGCCGGGAUUGCAGAGAAAGAGGUAGUGAACCGAAGCCGCCAGAAUUACGCCAAACCGGGGAAAUAUGAGCAUUGCUGCCCUACUACAGGCCGCCGAGUAUAUUGAACGAAGGGAAAGAGAAGCUGAACAUGGCUACGCUUCGACGAUGCCGAUGCCCGAUGAUAUGCGGACGGUCACAAAAAGGCCAAAGACGAAAAAAUCCCAGGGCAGCAGGACAACUCAUAACGAGCUGGAGAAAAAUAGGAGAGCUCACCUCAGAAAUUGCCUUGAAAAGCUGAAGGUGUUGGUUCCGUUAGGUCCGGAAACCUCAAGACAUACCACGUUGGGCCUCUUGACUAAGGCCAAGCGUUUUAUCAAGAGCCUGGAGGAGCGCGAGCGCAAGCACGCCGUGCACAAGGAACAGCUGUCCCGCGAACAGAGGUUCCUGAGACGACGGCUGGAGCAGCUGACGAACCAGACGGGCCUGCACGGGUUGCACGGCCUCCACGGCCUCCACGGGCUGAGCUCGAGCGCCCCGACCGGUUCCUCUUGCGGCCCCGGAGCCGCCGCGGCUGCAGCUCUCCUCUCAAAACGGCGCAGCGUUUCCGAGUGCUCGCUUGGCACGGCCUCGUCAACCAGCUCCACGGCCAGCUCCAGGAACUCCGACAGGUCUGCGGGCAGUCCCUCCGUCUCGGAGUCCGAUGAAGUAGAUGUAAUCGGUUAUACGAGCAAUCAAUCGGACACCGAUGAUCACAGCAGCGUGCAAAGCAGCAGCGACAGUGGCGUCACAAUGUCCACCUCCAGGCUGACCCUUUCCGAAAUGAUGGACAAUCUUUAGACAAAGAGGUGGCGCGGUGGCGGCGGAAGAACGUGGAGGGGGAGCAUUUGAAGGCGAGGAAGAGGAAGCGGCGGAGAAAGAUUGUGCGAGGGAUGCUGAACGAGAGGGACGCACGAGGGGCGAAGAAGAGGCAGGGGAGAAGAGAGGAGAGCAAUCUGAGCGUACGAGGUAUCCAGCUCGCGUACACGCAUCUACGCACCAUCCCUUUGGUCCAUCUCGCGAAGGAUCGCGGGACGCGCGCCGCGACAUUCUUCGCCAAGGAUGGGACGUUGAAGAGACAGCAUCAGCGUGUACGCGUGUAUAUCUGUGACUAACUUGGAUGGUGUUUGAAGAAGAAGGGAUGAAACGGAAGAAAUAGCGAGAAGAACGACUUCGAACAACCGGCCGAAGGUAGCAACGAAGAUAUGAGAGAAACGGAAGAAGAGGAAGCAUGAAUUGUGUGAAAUCUUGGCGCAAACCUAUCGACGUCAAACUAUCGCGAAAUAGGGUGGGGAGAUUGACUUUGAACGAAACUACCUUUGUAAUACGUAAUAGAAGAGAAAAAGCGUUCCUCGUGAAGACGAGAAUUGUGAGGAGGGAACGCGGGGAACGAGCUGCAAGCAUCGUGUGUAAAUUGUCAAUCGAAUAUUGUACAUAUUUUUAAGGGAGACUAAAUUUAUCGAGUGGGAGAAACGGAAGAUUGGAGGGAUAAAUGGAGGGAGUGAGAAGCGAAUUCCCAGCGUUUCUUCCUCGAUGGAAAGUGGAGUAUCGUGAAGUAUCGGUCGGUUCGUGUGGACGCGUCGAUUUUUCCGGAAGAGAUCGCCCUGAUCGAGGAGCCACGAUUGGAGGAAAGACGAUCGAUCGAACCACUCAGGAUCUGAUGGAGGCUCAUCUUUCUCAUGCCUCUGAUCGAUUGGCUCUGGAUCGAAAUUCGCGGAGAAUCCUUAAGAACAAAGCUUGCGUUGAUGCAAGAGCGUAACAGCCUCGUUGCCACUUCCACCACCAUACCCGAGACCUUUUGUCGAUUCUUCUUUUUCACAACGAUAAUCGACCCUCGUUUUGUGUCUUUCUCGUCUCGAUUCGACGCGAGGUUCCCGCUGUUAUGGGAAUGAGGACGCGUUCGAAUAACGGAAGACAAGCGUGAACUGCAUGAAACCAUGAGGAUAGAGAGAGAAAGAAAGAAUAUUCGCCGCCUCUAUUUUUUCGAGGAUAUAUUAUUUUGUCGCCGCCGAUGUCCGCUUCGAUGAUCGCGGGCAAUCGUCGAUUUGAUUUCUCGAGGUUAUUGUGUUUCGUUUUUGACGAUGACACAAAGAAUGAAGGUGUCCGCUUCUUUGUUUCAAGCGUCGUGAAAUAAUUCAUGGACAACUUUGCUCUUUUCGAGUGCGAAAAAGAGAGGAAGAAGUUUGUUAAGAAUGAAUAUGUAAGAGAGCAAUGUUUUCACGAUUGUUUCACGACGAUUCCUGAUCGACUAUCCUUCGAUGAUCUAUCGAGGGGAUCGUUAUUGCGAACGCCUUCGGUGCAUACCUCUGAGGAAGAAGAAUCUUCAUUUCCGCCACAUUGUACAGGCUCCGUGAUCGCGAAUACGAGAAAAAAAAAAGAAAAAAAAAAACAGAAAUAAAAACGGAGAAGAAAUAAAUUGAAAAGUAGAAAGUUCGUUUAUGAAAGAAAGAAAGAAAGGAGAAUGUUUAUAAAUUGCAAAAGUAAAGAGAAAAAGAAAGGUGGAGAAACAGCGACUAGAAAAUAAAGGAUGAAAUGGUGUGAGAAGAUAUCAACGGGAUUAUUAUCGUUAAUUCCACCUUUCGACACAGAUACAAGCGUAUAUACUCAUAAAAGAGUAAGAGAAAGGGAUGGGGAAAUACAUAGAGAGGGAGAAGAAAACUACAUAGAAGGAAAGGGAACCAGAAACGAAAUAGAAAAAAAGCGUACACACUUCUAAAGUAAGGACAUGCAUAUGUAUUACAUACAUACAUACACACAUAUACAGACACGCACGCGCGCGCGCACACACACACACAUACAUAACAUACAUACACAUGAGCACAUAUACAUGCGCAUAUACAGAAAAUUCUCACGAAUAAAAAAGUAAAAAAAAAAAAAAGGAAUUAAAAAUAAACCAAAAAAAACAAAAAAAACAAAAAAAAUGGAGUAAAAAACAAAGAAACACGUAUACGUGAAAUCGUAACGUAAAAAUUCUUGUAUUAAUUAAGGGGGAAAAAAAAAGUAAGUCGCCUUGAUGCUGGAGGCGGUUCGUGUAAUCUUUAUUACGUGAUAAGUAAACGUUCAAACAUCGUUGGACAACAACAACACACGCAUUCAAAGAGUACAAAUUCCUGUAAGUCCCUCGUUGGUUGUUCGAGGCUUGAACCGGCACCACCUGUUGUUGUUGCGCGAUCACGAUAUUUCCAUUGAGAAAACCAGGAGAAUCGGCGUUUCUUAGGAGGUCAGGGAAGACAGUAAGGAAAUAGAGCGAAGACAAAGGACGAAAAUGAAAAUAAGGGGGAUUAUCAGGUAUUGGGAGAAGGGAACAAUGUUUCUAGCGUGCGCGAAAUAUGAUGGAAAAGGUGAAAGCUAAUUAGAAAGAACAUUGUAGUGGAGAGAAAGUUUGAAAGAAAAAGCUCGUACAAGGGUCCAAAGAGAUCCGGAAUAAGGGAUCGAUCGAUAGUGGCGACUAUCUUGUAACGAAGAUCGCUUCGAAGGGAAGACUAUCUCGAAGUUUUCACUUUGCGGUUCGAGUGGAACUUCGUUGGUGAGAGAUAAAAGGAGGCUACGUCGAAUCUAAGAUAUGAUUAGCCCAAUGGAUGUGUCUUAUUUGGCGCAAUGGCAAAAUUCUAAAUCUGAGAAACUGUUUUUCAAUGAUCUGGCAAAAAAACUGGAUUGUUAAUUAUUCGGUUUCGAAAUUGUAAAUGGAAAAGAAUUUUUCGAGUCUCUUUUCGAUAGAUCCUAGAUUUCGAUGCACAGAGAUUAAUCCCUUAACUCGGAUCGAAACAGUGAGGCAGCGAGUUGUUCGAGAGUCGAGUUUUCUGGCUAGGUUUACGCAGACCAGAUAGACUGAUUACCAAACGUAACGAGUGAUCUCUGAUUUAAAAACAAACGAAGAAUAAAAAGAAAAAAAAAUGAAAAAAUAACGAAAAAAAGCAAAACGCAAAACGGUUUUAAAAACGGCGUUAGUUUGUAAGAAAAUAAAAACGAGGAAAAAAAAAUAAUAUGCGGUAACCUUUCGCGGGAUAGGAUCUCGGGACAGGGUAAGACGAACCGAAUCUGGAGAACGCGUUUCAAGGUUUCACGGGAUGAUUGCGAUUGGAUUUCACCUGCGAAACGAACAAUUGGAUGAUACUUCGAUGAAAGUGAUAUAGCUCUAAAAGAACGAAAUUUGAGAACUGGAAGACGAAGAUUCGUGCCGAUUAAAUGUUGAUGUUGAUAGAUUAAAUGACAGUCAAUAUGACGGAUAGAAUGGUGUUUUCGAGGAGCUAUCCUAUGAUAUAAAGCAACGAAUGAUUUAGAAAUAGAAGAAAGAAGGACGAAGUCUCGAAUCCCAUCAGGAAAGCGACCAAGCCGAAUGAAAUAUUUUCAAGGCAAGCCGCGACUUUUUAAUAUUAAAUGAUACUCCCGUAUAGUCGUUGUUGUAUCAACAAUCGACCUUAUUCUAUAGCUGAGACGCAAUCAUAUUGGUUGUUGCAGAAGAUUUAUCCGCGGCCACGCGCUCGCGUGUGCGUGUAUACACAUCAAAUAUAAAACGAUGGGACUCGAGAUCGUUCGAGUGAUUGGAGAAAAAUUCUGGUAAUCGACGAUUUAAGAUGAAUCUGGAAAGUUCUUCGAAGAUGUCUUUUUUUUUUUUUGAAGUAAAUUCCUCUUCGUUCUGGCAUUUUAUAAUAUUUUAUAGUGAAAAAUAAAGCUUUCCAUUUAUAUAUAGGUAUAUCUUUUGAAAUUUUCAAAUUUUAUAGACAUAUUUUAAUCUCGAAAAUUGCUUUGCUUUGAUCGUUGAUCGUGCAUGCGCGAAUCGCGAUAUUGUUGGAGCAACUAAACACGAAAAGACAUAUCUAAUUGGUGGUUUGUAAUUUUUGUAAUUUUAAUUUUAUUUUCAUUCCAAUAGAUAAUAUAUUGGCUGUCGUUUGUAAAGUUUGUAAAAGUUUUUAAAAAAUCAGAAAUGAAGAGAAGUGAAAGGAAACUAAAACUAAACGCCGUUAAUUUUCGACAGAGAACGAUUGGAUUAUUUCCUAGAUCGCUAGGAAACAUGAAUAUACUAAGAGAAGAAGAAAAAGAAAAAAAAAGAGAAGAAUAAAAGUUUGAAAGGGAUAGAACGAGGGAACUACUAAGAACCACCAUAAAGAGAAACAUAAAAAGUAAAAAAAAAAAAAAUAUAUAUAUAUAUAAAGAAAAGAAAAAAAAAAUUAAAAUAAGGUGAAUUCCACAAAACGUCUACAUAAAGUAACGUUAACCCUCUCACCGAUCUUUUCCAAAUCAGAUCUCUCUUUUGAGAGUGAAUAAUAAAUAAAACAAACGUAAUUAACAUUAUAUAAGUAAGAAGUGAUUAUUUUUAUUAAGUGAUUAACGAUGAAUGUCUCUUGAACGUGUAGAUCAUCGAUGAACGUGAACCUUCGUGAAAUUUAUAAUUCCUUUUUUCUUUUUUUUUUUAUUUUCAUUCUUUCCUUUUUCCAUUCUCUUUUUCGACUCUUUUCCCAUUUUCUUUCUCGCAAAAGUAUUGCAUAUUUUCAUGAAUUUUUAUUUUCGUUUCGCCAUCUCCAUCCAGUUGUUGUACGUUUCGCGUGUCGUAAAAUAUCUUUUACGAAAAAAAGCCACACACCACACAAGAAAAAAUGAAAAAAAGAAAAAAAAUAAUUAAUAAAAAAAAAACGAUGAAUCUUAUCGUUUUUUUGGGUUCGUAGUACCUUGUAGCGAGAUAAAGAUGUAUGUAUUCUAUAUAUUAAACAGGGACAUACUCGCCCGAUGUAUUACGAUUUAAUUUUCAAUAUCGAUGAAAAUCAGGGGAAAACAAACAAACAAAAAAAAAGAAACGUUAAUCAAUACAAAUAAUUUUUUGAUAAUUAAACGUGGCGCUCGCGUGAUUUUUCAAUCAUCCAUUUUAUAACAUUAUAUGUUAAUUCUUUAUUUGACGAUUCAUAAAAAUUUAAAUUUAUUAUUUCUCUUUAUCCAAUCGCUUCGAAACGUCGAACGCCUCGCUAUCAAAUUAAAUGAAAAAUGAAAAAUUCGAUUGAACCAACAAUCACCAGAUUACGUUUCAGAAAUAUAUCGGGCCAGUCUGUUCCCACGAAAAUGUGAUAUUAAAAUUAACACAAGAAAGGGGAAAGUACGGGAAGCAGAGAAACAGGGGAGGAUAAACGAACAUAUAUAGAAAAAAAGAGAUAGGAAUUGUGGAGGAGAUUGAAGAUUUUAUAGUUAGGGAUUGGAACGUGAAGGCGGGGGAUUGUAAAAAGAAAGAUCGAUGCAUGAACGCAUAUAGAAAGAAAACAAGCAUGUAUACGUGAAAAAAGGAUGGAAAAAGAUAUGGGAGAUCAAAGUUAUGGGGGUAUACCGUAUAUAGAGUAAUUAGCAUGGAUGGUUUAUCGCGAUGACGAUUUGGGCACAGAUCACAACAGCAGCAAUAUGAAUUGAUGCAGUAUUGAGCUGACAAAACGAAUGACAAAAAUAAUGAAAAAGAAAAAAAAAAAGAAGAAUAAUAAAACUUGUUACUCCAGCCGCUAGAAAUAUAUGUAAGAUGUAUCAUUCAAACGACGGUAUACAAAAAAAAAGCUGCGAUUCCAUUCUGAGCUCAAGAGUGUCGCGAAUUUUAUUCGAUCAUACGCCUCGGCCAUCGUUUGAAUUUCUCGCCAAAUUUUGUGAAAUUAAAAAUCGUUCGUAAAAAAAAAAAUGGUAAUCGCAUUUUACAAUGUUUUAAAGUGAACGAAAGUGAACGAAAGAUCGAACGAGUUAUCGCCGAGGGAUAUACAUAUGAUUUUUUCUCCCCCUAUUACCCAUCCUCUCCCUCUCCCCUAAAAAAUAAAAAAAAAAGCAAAUUGAUCGCGAAACGCUUGAGCUCACUGUAAGUGUCACGCGGCUCUCAAUCUAACGUUUAAGGAAUCUUUAAGUAAUACUUGAUCGAAUAAACUAAAAAUAAAAAUAAAAAAAAGAUGAUAAGGAUGAAAAAAUACAAAUAUGAAAUAAUAAUGAAAAAAAUGGGUGUUAUUUUUAGAUGUCUAUUAGAUUAUCAGAACCAGAAAAACUAAAGGAUAAAAAAAUGCUUAAACAUAAAAAAGGAAUAAAAAAAAAAAGUGAAGAAAAACCUACUAUUAAUACUACUACUACUACUAUUACUACUACUACUGCUGCUACUACUUCUACUACUAUUACUACCGUACUUGUAAUAAGGAUUUAAAGAACAUAGGAACUUAGUUGAUGCGAUUUCACAAAUGAUGCAACUUUUUGAGAAGAGAGUCCCUCUUUUUACGAAUACCUGUGCAGGACGGUUAUCGACCCGUCCAGAAUCUCGUGGUUGUAUAUGCUUUCGAUACAUUCUUUUUGACCAAUGUGCACAAAAGAAAAUAGAAAUAAAAUAAAAGAAAAAUAGAAGAAAUACGAAAAAAUUCUAAAAAAAAAAAAAAAAAAUGAAAAAGGGAACACGAAACAAAUUUUCAUAAAAAGUAUCAUCGAGUGUGUUAUAGUUAAUCCUUUGUACUUUGUAAGCUGGACGUAUCACGCAGUCCUGUGCAGGUGCAACUAAAAUAAUCGUGGGCGUGAAAGGGACGAAGACGACGAAGGGCGACGAACGUUUUUUCUUUCUUUUUUUUUUUUCUCCCUCCCAAAGAAAGCAUUGUAUCGUUGUCGUCUCCCUCCGUCGCGCUCAGGGACACCUUUUUCCUCGAGACAUUUUGCCGCUUUCAUUGUUUAGAUGAUUACUAUUUAACGACAAAAAAAAGUAAAAAAUGAGAAAAAUCUGAAGAAACGACGAUUAUAUUGUCGCUGAAUGAAUAAUAAUACGAUGACAGGAGGAAACGAAAAAGGAUGAUCGAUACCUUUUUAAAAUAACUCAACACGUCGCCUUAACGUAUGCGUUAUUGCGAAGUGGGCUUUUUUUCAGAGAGAAAACAAAAUACCAAAAAAAUCUAAAAUUAACGAAAGAAACAGAUAAUAAAAAACAACAAAAGACAUUUCGAAAAAGAAGAAAAAAAAGUGAAUAAUAGGGAGAGAGAGAGAGAGAGAGAGAGAGAGAGAGAGAGAGAGAGAGAGAGAGCGUGAGUGUCAUCUCCUAUUGUUUUCGAUUAAAGAGAAUCAUCGUUAAUCCGAUUGUAACUCGAGGAUCGUCUAUGCAUUCGCGUAACGUCAAUUUUUUUCCUCAAGUCGAACGAUCAAACCCUUCAGUCUGAUCUACUAUCGGUUCCUCUCAGCUUGAAGUUUUCAAGAUCGAUCCACGGGCUGAUCUUUUCUAACAAACGCGAUCACUAUAAAUCAAAAGCGAUUCGUCACCAGAACUAGCCUAGAAGGAAACUCGUAUCCGAAUAUUGUAACGAGAGAUGAAACAAUUCCAGGAUCCCGAUACACUUGGAUCCACUUUCGUUCAGCGACUUGACAACAAACUGACUACUCGGAUAGUUGGAAUUUCGAAGUCGAAGAAACUUCGAAGCUGACUAGAAACCGGUGGUCGGGCGAAGGCUAGCCGGAAACAGGGAUAAAGGGUGAUGCAGAAUAUAAACGGAGGCAGGGGAGAUGGAAAACGAGGUGGAGGGUGAAAGCGUAGGUUCCACGGUGCCGACGUUGCAAUCGCGCAAUUGCCGCGUGGCGAUACUCCUUCAGACGAAAAGUGCGGUCCUUUUCUCGGUCGUUGUUGAGCCACGUAAAGCUGCCACGGACAAAAAACGUCUCCCUGGCCAGGCAAGAAGGAGCGAAAGAGGGGUCGGAAGGGAGACGACGAGAGCAGCGUAGCCUAGGCAAGGACGAUCCUCGAGAGGGGUGAGCACACGAGUGGGAUUUUAACCGACGAAACGAUUUGAACGGAGGGUUGGAGAAACGGGGAUGACAGGUGUGCGGAAAGUGGAACGGAAGAGGAUGUAACCCACGCGAGAAAUCGACGAGAAUUUUCGCGGAAAGGUGGAACGAGAGAGUGAGAGAGAUAUACAUGUGACGCGUGCGUACACGUGAAAAGGAAAGGGAGAAGGGUUGAGAGGACAGCGCGAACACUGUUGAUACCGAGGGAGUGAAAAAAAGGUCCUCGGGAAAUGCCACAUUCAGCUCUCUCGUCGCGACGAGCAUUUAAUCAACGGUAGAGGGGAUGCUUAGUGGACUUAACCUUAGAUAACUGAGGAAAAAAAAAUGCGAGGGGAGAGAGGAGACAGAAUCGUAGUGAGUAUCGAAAUUUUUUUUAUAGUUUCGCGCAAACGAUGACGAUCAGGAGAAGAUAGGAAAAAGAAACAAUGAAAAUGAGACGAAAUAGUAUAUGGAUAAAAAUUGGGUGAAGAUUAGAGAGCGCACGAAAGAAACAUAAUACGUUAUGGCAUGAGAUAUUCAGAGGAAAGGGAGAGAAUACGGAAGAGGAUGUAAGAGGUUUUGCUUCGUAUUGCGAUUAUAUCUAAAUAUCGCGAAAAAUUAUGUGCAAAAAAGAAUGAAAUUAAAAAAGAAUAUUAGAAGAACGGCAACAAAAAAAGGAUAAAUUGAAAGAGAUAAUAAAUGGAGAAAUUGUGUUAACAGAGAUGGAGUGGUAUAAGAAGAGAAAGAAAAAGAAAACGAGAGAGAAAGAGAGAGAGAGAGAGAGAGAGAGAGAUGGGUGGAAUGCAAAAAGAAAAUUUAAAAAAAAACAUGUUCUAUCAAUUUGUCAAUAUUGUCAUGAUUCAAUAAUGGUCGAUUGGUAUGCCUACGAUUGAAUCUCCAUUUACCGGGUGGAUGUAUGCUGAUUCAGUACGAUUCUUAUAAUUAUUAUCAUUAUUAUUCUUAAUUAAUUAAUUGAUUAUCAUUAUCGAUUAUCAUUAACAGUGCGAAAGUAGGAGUAAUAAACCACAAAACAGAUGAAAAACAGGAAACAAAUGAUAAAGCAAAAAUCACAAAAAAAGAAAAAAAAGAAAGGCAACCACUUAUAUUAUUGUACAUAUUUACUUGUAACUGCUAUUCGUAUUGUAGAGGUUUUGUUCUCUCAACAAAUGAUUUCCUCGAUUCUGCAGGAACAAAAAAAAAUGAAUAAAAUAAAAUUUGUGUAUUAUUAA